AUGAGUAAACAAGGACAUAAAGCAAGAGCAAAUUUACCAGCUGGUGGAUUUUUGGCAAUCGGUCGUGAUGUCCCAUCAACUUCCGAUGCGAGUCGGACGAAACCUCAGGUUCAUAAGCGGGAAUUACCACAGUUGCCGAGUGGUGUUUUGAAAAAGCCUCGUCUUGACUUUUCGGGUAAAAUUCUUUCCAGCACUCCAUCAACGAGUUCUGUCAAACGUGCCGAAGUUGAUGAUUCAAGAUGGCGUAGUUUUUGUGCUGAAGUACAAAUAGUGCCUAAACAGUUACUGGCAUCGCUGGAAUUGGCAAAAGAGAAACAAAAGCCACAAAAGGCCGCACGGCUAAUAUGUGCAGCGAUAAGGGAGAUGAUUGAUCAUCGUAAAGAAACUGGUAGUUGGGCUGAGGAACCAAUUAUAUGUUCAGCACUUAUGCUUUUCGUGAAAAUGAAUGCUUCAUUUUUAUUGCCGCAUGAAGAAUUAAUCGACGUACUUUGUUCGCUGUUGUCGACGAAUUUCCCGACUUCUUCUCCUGGUUCAGUGAUGGCUCCUUCGCUGCUAUGUAAGGUUCUGAUGGGAAUGACUGACUGGAAUUGGCGGCUGGUUGAAAGUUUUAUUGAUGACAGUUUGCAUGAAAGGCAGUGGGCUGAUAGACCAUCAGUAGAUGGUUUAGUUGUGAAUAUCAUGACGGCUUUCGGUACUCGGACCCCACACGAAUCAAUGUACGUAGCGUGCGAUUUGACUUAUCCAGAACGGUAUCGGACAAUGGAUGCAAUAAAUCGAUUUGCAAAAGUGGUUGACAAAGAACAGAAAAUUGACACAUUUGUGAUUCAAAUGAGAGAUAUAUGUGAACGGAAGGGUGAAAGUGCGCCAAGAAAUUUGUUGAAGACAAUGUGUGUAUGUUCAGGAAAUGGAAGCGUCCGGUUGCUGGCUGCACGAAAAAUGGAUUCAUGGUUGCUGAAUGGAAAGCUCCAAAGAUAUGCUAUGGAAUUACUUUUAUGGAUUGCAAGCAAUAUAGGCCGAAAUGAGCUUACCGAAGAAGAUAGUGAGACGUUAAGCGCCUUGUUAAAAUUACGGGCAUUGAAAAGUAAACAAAUCAAUACCUUAUUCAAUGUUGCUUUAAAAGAAAUACUGAGCAAUGACAAAGAGAUGAUUUCUGCAGUGGCAAAAUUAUUGUUAUCAAAUGAAUUCUCGGCGAAUCGUUUUCCUUACAAUAUGACAAUGAUACAUUCGCUUUUUUCGUUUGACAACCGUUCAGCAUCCAAAGUUAUAGCGCGGGAAAUUGCCCAAAUGCUCGCAGCUAAGGAAGAAUAUCUGCGUAUAUCUAGGACAUUUCUUCGGGAAUUUGUUCGAUCAUUGUUACGAAUAGAUUUCGAUUUUGCGCUUUUCACUUCCCACUUGUUCAGCGCCGCAACUGAAGAUUUCUCAACAUUUACUACUCCCGGUUUCUUUUUUAAAUCGUUAAUUGACUUCUGUGUAAUGCUGCCAUUUUUGUCAAUAACACCUACUGUUCGGGAAGCAUCGCAACAUCGACGCAGUGUUAAUAGCAAUUUGACGCAAGCUCAUAUUGACGCGUUGCAGAAGUUUUAUGCUGAUUUACGAAAUUUCUUCGAAAUCUGUACAUGCUUUCUCCGUGAACAUUAUGAAUUUUGCACUGAUAAUCGGUUAUUUGUUUACUCAUAUUAUCGAGUCCUUUAUUUGGCUCCGGCUGAGUAUUAUGCCAGUGUCGAUCAGUGGCCGAUUGAAGGAGACGUAAUACAGUAUAUGCGUGUUAUUUCCGAUGUUCCAAUCAGUGAACAGUUGUUAUGUUCCAUAUUGGAUGCUGGAUCUGAUGCAUCAAUUCCAAUUGAUGCUGCAGAUACGAUAGAUGUUAUUGAGAAUCUCACAAAACGAGCUUCGUUGUCUUCCACGUUAGCAGGUGGUAGUAUGAUUCCAAUCAGUACUUGUUCUCCAUUGGAAACUUUAUUCAAAAUAACGGAAUACAGACCACCACCAACUUUUAACAUUCAGGACGAAGAUUUUCUACCGUUGGCGGUUAGGACGUUGUAUUGGAAAGCGUGGCUCAUUUCAUUGAUAUGGACAUCAUUAAACACAAAUACAUUGGUUAAGGAAGUAUAUUACAAGGAUUAUUCAUUUCCACCAAUGUCGAUUAUGAGUGAUCGAGCAUGUGCCGAAAAACUAGUUGAAGAUGAUGAAAAGGCUGCUUAUGAGGAGAAAAUGACAAUUAAAACUUUGGAAGCUCGAUUGGCCGGAAUGGAAGUGAGUGAUUCGGAUUCAAAGCUUUUGAAUAAAUUAUGCAGUCUGGAUAUUAACGGUGUUUGUCGACGACCUCCGGAUAAUAUUAUGCGUGAUUUGGAAAAACUAAAUGAAGAUUUAGAUUUGUCACGACUUUUGAGCGAGUGCAGGAAUCCUGAUUUGCUGGCAGAUAUUGUCAGAUCUCAGGGUAGUUUGAAAGCUCUACCAUCCAUAAUAAAUUUAGUAGAAUCGAACUCAAACGCUAUAGCACACUUGCCUCUUGAAUGUAUUUGUGAGUUGUUUCUGCACUAUGUAGCUUCUUCUUCGUGUUAUGACAGUAUGACACCAAGCACGGAAAGAUUGAAUGCGAUGCGUCAACGUUUACGUAAUGCCAUUAUAAGUCCAACUGCUACCAAAGCUUCGGUAUUGGAAACACUAGAUUAUCUGGCAGUACAUCUUGCUGCUCACUCGAUAUCUGAACGUUGUGCUGCUGCUCAUUCGCUAGCAUUACUUCUUGAUCACGAAGUAGAUACACAAGUGUUGCCAAUGACCGUGAAUGCAGCUCCGGCCGGAAGCCUUCAUAAAGUCGCAUAUUUCAGUGAAUUAAAGCAUCGAAUUUGUGCACUGUUAUCACAAGCUUGUUCAGUAGAAACUGAUUUAAAUCGUUUGUCGGAUUACUUAACAUUUCUUUUUGAAUACGCAGAUUCGAAAAAUUUACAUUUGGUUGCACAUUACAUUUCAAAUAUGGUUGAACGGCUGAAAGAUGGCACAGAAGCGGAUAUCAUUCGAAUAAAUGCUAUAAGCUUCUACGAAAGGUAUUUUAAGGAAGUUGAGCAAAAUGAGGUCGAAUGGACAGAAGAAUUAGAAUCGCUUUUGCCAUCAAGUGUGAAAAAAGUGACAGUUUGCAUCGAGAAAUCAAAUAUGGCAUCUUCAUUGACGAUGAUUUCAACAGCUGUUAAUGGGAUGAUACAAUUAUUGUGCAGUCAAUGGAAGAAGAAAGAUAAGUUAGCUACAAGAGUUCUCAUGGAUCUUUGGUUUCCAAUAUCAGGAAGACGACCAAAGGUUCUCAGUGCGGAUGGUGUUGAACUGUUACCUACUUGGUUGAAACUUAAAAUGCUCCGCACUGAAGAUGAUCGAAUCAUUCGCGUUGGAAUGGAUGGUAUGGAAGCUAAAGAUGCCUUGAAAUUUGUUCAAUCAUUUGCAUUAACAUCGUAUAGCUGCACGAAGCUGCUAGCAAUUCUAGAUGCUGAUGAAACACCGUUAGAAGAUGACUUGCUAGAAGAAGCUCAAAAAGCAUCAAUGUUUAUCAGAAGUUAUAAGUUGCGGAAUGCAAAAGGUGGUGACAAGUUUCUCAAACGUGUAGCUGAAGCAAGAGGUCUACAAGAAUCUGUAAAAAUGGAAAUCGAUGAAAGUGAUAUUUAUAUAAAUUUCAAUUCAGCACCAACUUUAUUCGAUGCGGAUGAUGUUAAUGUGAAUCAAAUUACAUUUAAUCAUAUGGAUGUUAAGGAAGUAAUCAGUUGUAUUGAACGGGCAGUCCAGGAAGGCAGCGAACCGGAAAAAUGGUCAUCAGUAAUUUUUGAACUGUCAAACAGCUUAGAAUGUUCUCGAGCUGUUAUUUCUUUAUUAAAAGCUAAGCCAACUAUAUUAUCCAAUACAACAGUUGCUAUACCAUUAUUGAUUUCACUUGUUAUUUCGAGGAAUAAGGAUGCUUCAUUAGUCAAUGAUUUUGAUUCUUUGUUCAACAGUGUAUUCAGCAAAUCGAAUCUUUAUAUUCCAGAAUCUGUGCGCAGGAUUUUGUACAGUCGUGGUGGAGAAUAUGCGAUAGAAACAGAAAGUCCAUGCUCACCAAAUUAUGACACAUAUGAUCCAGAAAGUAUCCUCAUGCGUCUGGCAAAUUCUGUUGGCAUGGAUGAUAUGCAAAGUCGUUUGAUGGAAAGGUUUCUGGACACGUGUCCAGAAAUAUUGCCCCGUAGAGAUGAUGGUGAUCUUGGCAGUAAAUCACAUACUUUAAUGGAAAUAUUAUUCUCAUCCAAAGCACCAACACUGCAGUAUAUCAUUUCCUUGCUACCGACUGCAUGUUCUUCAACUACCUUGAGUAAAAUAAUUCAGUAUCUGCUCGAAUCAUAUCGGUCUCAAUUUACAGGCAUGUCAGUAAUACGAACUGUUACCAGUGCUUUUUGUGCUUCUAAAACUUACGUACUUUCAUCGAAACAAUGCAGUGUUUUCAUCCAAUAUGUUCUGGCUGAAAUGGAACGUCAUUCAGAUGAUGUUAUAACGUUGUUAAUGAAAUUUCUAGAAAACAAUGCAAAUAUUCGAUGCGACCUAACGCAAGAAAUGUUAGCAGAGGUUUCGCGUGCUCUAACUUCGCCAGAUAACAUUAAACGAAAAUGUUUCGCGCAACAGAUAAUAGAUGCUUUUGUGAAACGGUUUCCAGACGCUCGACUGAAAAACGAUGCAAUAGUGAUCGAUUCAUAUCGUUCCAUAUGCGUCCAUGAUCGGACAGUCCAUAAUGCUAUUGUGGAAUUAUUUUCUGCUGCGGCUAUACCUGUAUGUUCAAUGGAUCAUAAAAUCAGUGCAUUGGGGCAAAUUGCGCAUAGUCAACCACGUGUUGUAUUAAGACAUUUACCGUUGUUGUCCGCUUGCUUGGCAUCAGUUGUGCAACUUCCAGCACGACAACUACGAACAAACAGUUAUCAAUCUUUAUUACAAUAUAUCCUGAAAUUAUUAUUAGAUUUAGCUCCACAGUCCUUCGAAGAAGCUGAUCCUCUACAGUCCAUUCUGCAAACAUUCUUCACUCUUUUUGAGAAUGUUGGAUGUGGACGAACAUGGGUACGGUUGGCUCAAGUAUUACAGAAUGUUUGUGUCGCUUAUUUGGAGCUGAAUCCGAAAUCAGCAAAACUGUAUUUUUUAACACAAAUCGAAGCAAUCAAGCAGCUUUGCUUGUGUUUGAAAUCACCUUCCUCAAAAAUACUGAUCGAUGCAAUAAUGUGUUUGAACAGAGUCGAGGAAUAA